UCAUAAUGCUUAGCCUACAGCUGCAUCCCUCUGGCAGGGUCCUUGCCUGCCCUCAAUAGACCAGCAAUGCAGUGACCUGUCUUCACACUUGGGAGAAAUUUGCAGGGAGGGCUGAGUGAGGACGGAAGGUUCCCUGCUGUUCAGUCUCUGCUCAGUGUUGCUGCUCUUGCUGUUGGUCCUGUUGCUGGUGCUGCCACUACCACCAGCACUCAGAAGAGCCCGCCCCUUAUCUGUAGCCUCCAGCUGGGGAGCAAAGCAAGAGUAAGCAGAUGCAGACUUGCAGAGCAGAUGGAAAGACGUUUCUGGCGGGAGACCCACAUUCACCCUGCAAGCAUGGAGCAAGGCUGGAGAUGUACUGCUGCUGUUUGGGUUCUGGUGCUUUGGGCCUCUGGCUCCUCUCAGGAGGGGCCUGGAAAUCUUGGGACUAUCUUCAACAGCAAAGCUGCAUACCUGUUGAAUGAGGAACCUGUGGACCCCAAGUGUUUCACACAGCAUCUGGAAGACCUGGCCUGCUUCUGGGAGACAUUGGAACCCACGGUGGAGCAAAACAAUCAGAGCAAGUACAGCUUUCAAUACAAAUAUGGGGACGAUGAUUCUCUGAGAUCGUGUAAUUUGACUGUGGAGUUCACACCCGCAAAUACGACACGCUACACUUGCUUCUUUCAAACGCAGGACAUUUUGGCUUUUAUUCCACUUGAGAUCAAGGUCUUUGAUGGGCGCUCCCACAACAGACCCCUGUACAACAGAACUAUCUUUGUGGAAAAACUACUUUUCCUGGAUCCCCCCUCUAACCUGACAGUGCAGCUGUUGGAGUCACCAGGGCAGCUGAAUGUGAGCUGGCAUCCCCCUCCCGUUAAGCACAUGGACAACAUCAUCCGCUAUGAGGUGGCCAUCUUCCAUAAGGGUAGCAUAAUCCAGCGGAUGGAGAUUGCUAGCGGGCAGACAUAUUACUUCAGGAAAAUGAAGGGAGGGACUCACUACACAUUGGCUGUGCGGGCCAAGCCUAAUGGAAUCAGCUAUGAUGGCUACUGGAGUGGCUGGUCGCAGGAAGUGCCAGUGGUGAUACCCAGUGAGCUGGAUCCCCUCAUCCUGACACUGUCUGUCAUUCUGGUGCUGAUUGUUCUGCUCUUGGCUUUCAUCACCCUGAUGUUUAACCGCAGAUUUUUGAAGAAGAAGGUCUGGCCUGCAAUUCCCACCCCAGAGCGUGAAUUCAAGGACCUUUUCACCAUCUACAAGGGCAACUUCCAGCUAUGGCUGGGGCAUCAGAGCACCUACCUGUGGUGGAGUCAGAACUCUCCCUAUCUGGACGAGCAGCCAUUCUUGGUGGAAAUCCUGUCUGAAUGUGAUGUUCGCAAGAUGGAUGGCCCUCCUCCCCUUCCCCCCAAGGCCCGUGGUGUGGUGGAGCCCCCUCAUAAUCCAGAACUGUCCCAAGAUGAUUACCUGGUACUGGAUGAAGACUUGGUACCCGGCUGCUUAGGGAGGGAUGGCUCCCUGCUCUUGCUGGACAGUGACAGCAGUGAGGAUACAGACCUGGCCCUUGCUGCAGGAGUGGGGACACCAGAGCCUAGCCAGGCUUCUUCUAGCUUUGAGUACACUAUGUUUGACCCCAGCUCAAAGAGUCUCUCUCCAUGGGGUCACCAGGCAGAGCCCCAGCUCAAGAGCAGCUAUCAGAUGGUGUCUGACUCUGGGAUCUCUGCUGACUACAGCCUUGUGGACUCCAAUGCUGGCCAGAUGAGCUUGUACACCAACCUCUGUGAUGAGGGAGCACAGCCCUUUCUGCCCACUUACAUUGUGUGCUCAUAGCACUUGUGAGCACAGAGCCAAUCCUCAGCCCAGAAGAACUUAGGCAGCAGCAAGAUGCUAGCCCAAGAGCCUGGCACCUCUCUUGUUUCCUGGUUCUAGGAAAACUCCAGAGAAAGCCAAUGGAAACAGCUACACACUACGUCAAAAGUUCCAGUUGGCCCCCAAGUAACCUCUAGGGGAGGAAGAGUGGUUUGCAAAGUAGAUGGAGAGGUGAAUGGACAAAGGGCAGGCGGCCCACAGAAUAGACUUUUGGCACGUUUGCUCCUGUGAAUAUUACCCUUUGAACAGUACUUUUUAACAUUGAAAGUGCUGCAAAAGUUACCUUAUUUGUAUUCACACAGCAAGGUCCAUUCUAUAACACUGUAAAUCAGUGACUAAGCCAACACAGGUUUCCAGCUAGCAGCAACAGGCUUGGGGCUUGAGGUGCACAGCCUGCCUGAGCUCUCCUGGUGAAGCCACACCAGGACACAGCACUCCAUUUCUCCCUUUGCCCUGACCUUUUACUACCAGGCUUUUCGGACAGCCAUAUUUGCCCAUUCUAUUUUACUACAAAAUGUAUGUGCAUAAUUUAUUUUUUAAAAAAUUCAAGAGUUUUAAGAGUUGGGACCGAAGGUUUUUGGGAAUGCCAGCUGUGAAAAGGGAGUGGAGUUCAAGGGUUAGAAGAGUGGGUGAGACCAAGGAGUCUCAUUUCUGCUACAAUCGUGGUUUUUUGCCUCCUCACCUGAAACAGGAUUAAAAAAAAAAUGUGGCUGGAACGUUAACGCCGUCUUUUUAUUUUGGCUUGAAUAAGAACAGUAACCCUUGAAGAGAAGCCCCAGCAAUCAGAUGUUCAAAGAAUUGCUUACAUAUUCUCCCAACCAUUUGCUGCCAUAGUGAUGGUACAUGAAGGUAUGGGGAUUGUACAUGGCUAGUUUAGAAUAUUAGUUGUUUUUCUACUCAAAGGUGUCUAGAGAUGCUCAUGUACUCUUCUGGUCACACUGGGCAACAUCGUGGACUUUCCUUGUGUCUCUGAACUAUCUUUCAAAGGCAUGGAUCAGUAGGAGAUGUUGGGGUGGAAUCAUAGAAGUUGCCAUAGAGCGUCAGGACUAUUUAACAACUCACAAACAUGCCCAUAGUUUUUGCAAUUAUCCUUUUGUAAUUAUGUAUCAGAAUUCAAACUGUAUAUAUAGAUAUAUUUUAUAUACUUUGAUGGAUUUGUUAAAAAAAUAAA